AUGCCGACAAUAACNUUCUCANACGAAGAUUUCCAUGCACCGGAUCCUAACCAGGAUGAUCCUAUGGUGAUAACGGCUAUUAUCGCUCGUUAUAGUGUGGGUAAGGUGUUGGUGGAUCAGGGGAGUUCGGCAAACAUUCUGUAUUGGAAAACUUUCCAGCAAAUGGACAUAUCGGACGAGUCAAUAAUGUCAUUUAAUGAACAAAUUUUAGGGUUUGCGGGGGAGCGGGUGGAUACGCGCGGGUAUGUGGACUUGAAAAUGAGUCUGGGGAUGGAGGGGGGUGCUAAGGAGUUGAAGGUACGGUUUCUGUUGGUAGAGGCCGAAACUGCAUAUAACGUAUUGCUCGGACGACCUUGUUUGAACGCGUUUGGAGCAAUAGUAUCUACUCCUCAUUUGACAAUGAAGUAUCCGGCCGAAGAUGGAACGGUGUGGGUGGUCAGGGCUGAUCAGAAGGUGGCAAGGGAGUGCUAUGCAGCAGGUUUAAAAGUGAAACCGCCUGGACACCGAGCAUGUGAAACGCGGUCGAAGAUAGCUAUGGCAGAAUUGGACCCAAGGGAGGAUACGAAUGAUCGGGUAGAACCGAUGGGAGAGGUUCAAUCUUUUCUUCUUGAGGGGGAGGAUCGGGUGACAAUGGUUGGUCGGGAGUUACAGGAGGGUGAGGUGCAGCAGUUGGGAUGUUUGCUGGUGGAAAACAAAGAUUUGUUUGCAUGGAAAACAUUUGAUAUGCCAAGGAUUCACCCUGAUGUUAUUUCACACAAGUUGUCUAUAUUUCGAGAUGCCCGACCUGUAUCUCAAAAGAAGAGAAGAUUAGGGGCGGAGAAAAGAAGGGCGGUAGAUGAAGAGGUGGGAAAAUUAAUCGAAGCAGGGUUUGUAAGGGAAAUAAAGUAUACUACAUGGCUGGCUAACGUGGUCAUGGUAAAGAAGUCUAAUGGAAAAUGGAGGAUGUGUACGGACUUCACGGAUCUUAAUAAGGCUUGCCCGAAGGAUACUUACCCUUUGCCAAAUAUUGACGCGUUAGUAGAUGAAGUGUCCGAUUAUGAGGUAAUGAGCUUUUUGGAUGCAUACUCGGGGUACAAUCAAAUACCUAUGUAUCGUCCGGACAGUGAAAAGACUGCCUUCAUUACCGAGUGGGGGACUUACUGUUAUGAGGUGAUGCCGUUCGGCUUAAAGAAUGCGGGGGCUACGUAUCAGAGGCUGAUGGACAAAGUUUUCCAGCAGCAAAUUGGAAAGUGUAUGGAGGUGUACGUGGAUGAUAUGGUGGUGAGAAGCCGGUCGGUGGAAGAGCAUUUGGGAGACUUGAAAGAGGUCCUGGAGUAAGUUCGGAAGUUCGAAAUGCGCCUUAACCCCGCUAAGUGCACCUUCGGUGUACGGGCUGGAAAGUUUUUAGGAUUUAUGCUAACAUCUCGAGGCAUUGAGGCGAAUCCUGAUAAGUGUAGGGCGGUUUUGGAGAUGAGGAGCCCCCGGACGAUAAAGGAGGUUCAGAGGUUGGUUAGGCGUUUAACUUCAUUAUCUCGAUUUAUCCCUCACUUGGCCGAGCGCGUAAAGUCGAUCUUGAAAAUAAUGAGGAAAACGGCCAAGGAGUGUUGGGAUGAGCAGAGCGAGGAGGCAUUUAGAGAGGUGAAGGCGAUCCUCACACAACCCCCGGUCAUGGGCCGGCCAGAGGCA